AUUCCAACCACCCAACAACACACAAAACUGUCAAACACAACACACUUUCUAGCUUUCAUCGCCCCUCGGCGGACUUGCCCACUCUUUUCCCAAUAAAAACCCAUCAACUUUCUUUCUCUCCAAACGCUGCCUCUCCCCUCCCCGAAGAAUCUUGGACAGUUGAGCUUUCAUUUCAUCAACAAUACACAGAGACAAAUGGCUUUAGCUUUCCAGGCCACCACCACCAAACUCCUCCAAAAGCCCUUCAUCCCCUCAAAGCCCUUAUCAAAGCCUCAAAAUUCCACUCCCUUCAAGCCCAACAAACUCCGCCCCCUCACUGUUCAAUGCUCCGUCGCGGUUGCGCCGUCCGUCGUUAAGGCCUCGAGAGAGCAUGCGGUGAGGUCGGUCAAGGCGCGGCAGAUCAUUGAUAGCCGGGGCAAUCCGACGGUUGAGGUCGAUCUGAUCACCGAUGCUCUCUACCGAUCGGCUGUCCCCAGUGGAGCCUCCACGGGGAUUUACGAGGCCCUGGAGCUCCGAGACGGGGAUAAGAGCGUUUACGGAGGCAAAGGUGUCCAAAAUGCCGUCAAUAACAUCAACCAAAUCCUUGGCCCCAAGCUCGUCGGCGUCGAUGUCCGGAACCAAGCUGACGUGGAUGCUAUUAUGCUUGAGAUCGAUGGUACUCCAAACAAGUCAAAAUUAGGUGCUAAUGCUAUAUUGGGAGUAUCCCUAAGCGUGUGCAGAGCAGGUGCAGGAGCAAAGGGGUUGCCCUUGUACAAGCACAUCCAAGAACUGUCAGAAACAAAGGAGCUUGUUAUGCCAGUUCCUGCUUUUAAUGUGAUAAAUGGAGGCAGCCAUGCUGGAAAUAGUGUGGCCAUGCAAGAAUUUAUGAUAUUACCAGUAGGUGCGACCUCAUUUGCAGAGGCACUCCGCAUGGGUAGUGAAGUUUAUCAUAUAUUGAAGGGAAUUAUUAAGGCCAAAUAUGGACAAGAUGCUUGCAAUGUUGGAGAUGAAGGGGGAUUUGCCCCCAACGUUCAGGAUAACAGAGAGGGACUGGUAUUGCUAAUGGAUGCUAUUGAAAAGGCUGGUUACACUGGCAAGAUUAAAAUUGGAAUGGACGUUGCCGCAUCAGAGUUUUUCACUAAAGAUGGGAAAUAUGAUCUAGACUUCAAGAAACAACCCAAUGAUGGAGCUCACGUGCACUCAGCACAGAGCCUUUGUGAGCUCUACAGGGAUUUUGUGAAAGAAUUUCCAAUUGUAUCAAUUGAAGAUCCCUUUGAUCAAGAUGAUUGGAGCUCAUGGGCUUCACUACAGUCUUCUGUUGACAUUCAACUUGUAGGAGAUGAUUUGUUGGUUACAAAUCCAAAGAGAAUAGCUGAAGCCAUUCAGAAAAAGGCUUGCAAUGGUUUACUUCUAAAGGUUAACCAGAUUGGUACAGUGACUGAAUCUGUUCAAGCAGCACUUGACUCUAAAGCUGCAGGUUGGGGCGUCAUGGUCAGCCACCGUAGUGGUGAAACCGAGGAUAACUUUAUUGCUGAUCUUUCUGUUGGCUUGGCUAGUGGACAGAUCAAAACCGGAGCUCCUUGCCGAAGUGAGCGGUUGGCCAAGUAUAAUCAGCUUCUCCGCAUUGAAGAGGAGCUCGGAAGCGUGCGUUAUGCCGGUGAAGCUUUCAGAUCACCUUAGGGACAAGAAAAUAGCUAUUUGUCAAAAUUUUCUUUUUACAAUCUUGAAAGAGCAAUCUCUCAACCUUCCUUUCUGGAAUUAAUCUACAGGAUUAAAGUUAUUGUAAUGAAUUAAGUUAUCUGAGCUGCUACUCAAAUAAACGUAGGAAAGUUUAGAUGAAUUUUUGCUUGUGUCAGUCAGCUUAGAUGUGAUCUAAAAGCAUUAGCUGAUCAAUUCAUCCAUGUGUCUCGUUUGGAACUGAAACUACUGUUUUCUGUGAGUGAAUAACAAAAGUUGUGCUGUGAA